AUGGCUCUGGCGCUUCCCGUGCGAUGCUCCCUGGUCGUUAUCGGCCAGAACGGCUCGUCUCAGAUCGGUGGUGCUGUCGCUCUCGAGCAGCUGCUCACAGAACUUGAAGAUUUUCUGAGGAUACUGGACAAGGAGAACUUGAGCAGCACUGCUGUUGUGAAGAAGAGCUUCCUCUCUGACCUGCUGCGGGUCUACACCAAGUCCAGCGGUGGCGAUGAGGAAUAUAUUUAUAUGAACAAAGUCACCAUCCAUAAGCAGCAGGGCGACCAGGAAAAACAAGACACAGGGCUGGAUCGGAGAAGCUCCCUCACCAAUGGAGACUCAGGACUGCACUCGUCACCUCCUCAGAAGAGCCUGCCAGAGCUCCCCCCUCCAAAGAUGAUUCCUGAAAUAAAACAACCUCCAGUCCCCAAGAUCGAAUCUCCAGAGGGAUAUUAUGAAGAGGCUGAGCCAUAUGAUGUCUCUGUAAAUGAAGAUGGUGAAGCCAUUAGUAGCUCCUAUGAAUCUUAUGAUGAAGAAGAAAGCAGCAAAGGCAAGUCAGCAACCCAUCAGUGGCCAUCCACAGAGGCCACCAUUGAGCUGAUGAAGGACGCCCGCAUCUGUGCAUUCCUGUGGAGAAAGAAGUGGCUGGGACAGUGGGCAAAACAGCUGUGUGUUAUCAAGGACUCCAGGUUGCUGUGCUACAAGAGCUCCAAAGACCACAGCCCUCAGCUCGAUGUGAAUUUGCUGGGCUGCACUGUGAUUCACAAGGAAAAGCAAGUGAAGAAGAAGGAGCACAAGCUGAAGAUCAUCCCUAUGAAUGCCGAUGUCAUCGUGCUGGGGCUGCAGAGUAAAGACCAGGCAGAGCAGUGGCUCAGGGUAAUCCAGGAGACCAGCGGUCUACUGUGUGAAGGAGGCACUGAAGGCAACCAGUACAUCCCAGAUUCACAGCGUCUCAGCUACCCAAAGGUGGAGGUAUCAGAGAAGCAUUCUGCAGCCUCUGAGAGCGGGAGCAGCACGGACGGCCACCCAGAGAUGAUUGAGACAAAAGAUGUUAAGAAGAAGGGCUCAACUGGCCUGAAACUGAGUAACCUGAUGAACCUUGGGAGGAAAAAAUCCAGCUCCCUGGAUAGCCCAGAGAGGUCUCUGGAGACUUCGAGUUACCUGAAUGUGCUGGUGAACAGCCAGUGGAAGUCCCGUUGGUGUCAGAUAAAAGAUGGUCACCUCCAUUUCUACCAGGACAAGAACCGAAGCAAAGUGGCUCAGCAGCCCUUGAGUUUGACAGGUUGUGAAGUUAUCCCAGAGCCAAGCCCUGAUCAUCUCUACUCCUUCCGUAUCCUGCACAACGGAGAAGAACGGGUCAUUCUGGAGGCAAAGUCCUCGGAGGAAAUGGGCCACUGGCUGGGCCUCCUCUUGUCGGAGACCGGUUCGAAAACAGACCCAGAGGAAUUUACCUACGAUUACGUGGAUGCUGAACGGGUUUCCUGCAUCGUGAGCGCUGCAAAGAGCUCCUUCUUCUUAAUGCAGAGGAAGUACUCUGAGCCCAAUGCCUAUAUCGACAACCUGCCCAAGGGCAGGGUGCAGCAGGAGGAGCUGUAUGACGACGUGGAUCUGCCAGACCUGCCUGUGGAAGAAGUACCCAAGACUGAGAGCAAACUAGAGGGGGACCAAGACAGAGUGUACCUGGAUCUCACCCCAGUGAAGUCCUUCCUACACUGUGCUGGCAAGAAGUCAUGCCAGCCUUCACCCCUCAGCUCACCAUCUUUAGAAAGGGCUGCCAACAAGGCUGCAGCAGAGACCCCAGCUGAGACAGCCCUGGUGGCCAAGGACACCGAGCCCUGUAGCAAGGCAGUGGAGACCUCUGAGCAGAAACACCCAGAGAAGCCAGAACCUGAGGAGGCACCACCACGGAUGCCUGCUGUCAAAAUCCAGACACAGCAGCAGAACAUCGCCUUCCCGCAGCCGGCCCCUGAGCCACCGGCGGGCACAGGCACCAUGGGCAGUCCCCAGCUGCCUGCACACCGGCCCAAGAUGCCACUGCCAGUGGCAGCAGUGGAGACCAAGCUGGGCAAGAACAGGACAGAGGCGGAGGUGAAGCGGUUUACUGAGGAGAAGGAGCGGCUGGAGAAGGAGAAGGAUGAAAUCCGGGCUCAGCUCACCCAGCUGCGCAAGGAGAGGCGGGAGCUGAAGGAAAUGCUGGCAGGCAGCUCACCCAGCUGCCCAAGGAGAGGCAGGAACAAGAGCCUGGAGCAGAGGCUGAAGGAGAUAGAAGAAGAAUGCAAAAGGAAGGAGAGCCGGAGGGUGGACCUGGAGCUAAGCCUGGUGGAGGUGAAGGAGAACCUGAAGAAGGCAGAGUCCGGCCCCGUGACACUGGGGACUGCGGUGGACACCACACACCUGGAGAAUGCAGCCCCUCGGAUUCAGGCAAAAAGUGCCGGUCCAGCAAACAGCACAGAUAACUCACCAGUCAAUUCAGCAACAGCUUUAAAAAACCGACCUUUAUCAGUCAUGGUGACAGGGAAGGGAACAGUCCUACAGAAAGCUAAGGAAUGGGAGAAGAAGGGAGCUAGUUAG